GUUUGUUUGGGGUUUUUUUGGGUUUUUUUUCCUUUUUUUUUGGUUUUUCUUCCAGCUCUCUCAGUGUCCCAGCAAUUACCACGACGUCCACACAGAGAUUUCCCACCAAGGAGCGAGGGUUUUGGCUUUGGGCUACAAGGAAUUGGGACACCUGAGCCACCAGCAGGUGAGAGACAUGAAGAGGGAAGCUCUGGAAUGUGACCUGAGGUUUGUGGGCUUCAUGGUGGUCUCCUGUCCUCUCAAAGCUGAUUCCAAAGCUGUCAUCAGGGAGAUCCAGAAUGCUUCACACCACGUAGUGAUGAUCACAGGAGACAACCCCCUCACUGCCUGCCACGUGGCCAGAGAGCUUCACUUCCUCCAAAGGGAAAAAACCCUCAUCCUGCAGCCUCCCCUCAGCCCAGGUUCCAGCUGGCAGUGGAGAUCCCUGGAUGGUGCCGUGGUCCUUCCCAUCUUUCCAAGUUCCUUGGGAGAGCUGACCCAGCACUAUGACCUCUGUGUGACAGGGGAAGGGCUGGCUCACCUCCAAGGGGUCAGCAAACAGCAGCUCCUCAAGCUCAUCCCACACAUCCAGGUUUUUGCCAGGGUGGUGCCAAAGCAGAAGGAAUUUGUCAUCACAGCCCUGAAGAGUCUGGGCUUUGUCACCCUGAUGUGUGGAGAUGGCACCAACGACGUCGGGGCCCUGAAGCACGCGGACGUGGGGGUGGCACUGCUGGCAAAUGCUCCUGAGAGACUUCCAGAAAGGAAGAGGAGAGCUCGGGAUGGUCCCGGCGACGGGCGGGCGGCGGUGCCCACGUUGGGCUCCGGGGCUCUGAAACCUUCAUCCCGUGCUGCCAAGCAGAGGGUGAUGUCCCAACGUGAGGAGCAGCUGGCAGAGCAGAGGGAGAGGCUCAGCCAGGUCCUGAAGGAUCUGGAAGAGGAACGUGUCCCCGUGGUGAAGUUGGGUGAUGCCAGCAUUGCUGCCCCCUUCACCUCCAAACUUUCCUCCAUCCAGUGCAUCUGCCACGUGAUCAAACAAGGUCGUUGCACCCUGGUGACCACACUCCAGAUGUUCAAGAUCCUUGCCCUCAACGCCCUCAUCCUGGCCUACAGCCAAAGUGUCCUCUACCUGGAAGGGGUGAAAUUCAGUGAUUUUCAGGCAACUUUGCAGGGCUUGCUCCUGGCUGGCUGCUUCCUCUUCAUCUCCAGGUCCAAGCCCCUGAAGACCCUUUCCAAGGAACGCCCACUGCCAAACAUCUUCAACCUCUACACAGUGCUCACCGUGCUGCUCCAGUUCCUCGUCCACUUCCUCAGCCUCGUCCAUCUCUACCGAGGGGCUCAGCAACGCAGCAGCUCCAGACAAGAGGAGUUUGUGGAUCUCUACAAGGAGUUUGAGCCCAGUCUGGUGAACAGCACUGUCUACAUCAUGUCCAUGGCCAUGCAGAUGGCCACCUUUGCCAUCAACUACAAGGGUCAUCCCUUCAUGGAGAGCCUCCAGGAGAACAAACCUCUGCUGUGGAGCAUCCUCCUCUCAGGUUUUGCCAUCAUUGGGCUCCUCACAGGUUCCUCCCCUGAAUUCAACGAGCAGUUUGGGUUGGUGGAAAUCCCCACGGAGUUCAAGGUGGUGAUCGUGGAAGUGUUGCUGGCUGACUUCUUCCUGGCUCUGCUGGUGGACAGGAUCCUUCAGUUCCUGCUGGGGAGUGCCAAACUCCAAGUGCCUUCCUGAAAGGGACCCCCCCUGCCCCAUGGUGGUGAAAAAUCAUCCUUAAUUCUGCUCAAAAGAAGGAAAAAAAAAAAAACCAAACCUCAGCUCUGUUGGGGAAAACUUUUUCUUCCAAAUCAUGUGGAAACAAAACAAAAAUCACCUCUGUGAAAGCCCUCCAGCACUUUUUUUUUUUUUUUUCCAUGUUUCCAGGUGGUUAUCCAAGCAACUGUUGGGAGUUUUGUACCAGCCCUGAAUCAUGUUUAAAGGAAAAGGUUUACAGAAUUUGGUAACUAUAAAUCCAAAUCGAUGUAUUUUGAAA